UUGACUGCUGGUAAAAAGAGCAAUUGACUGCUGGUAAAAAGAGCAAUUGACUGCUGGUAAAAAGAGCAAUUGACUGCUGGUAAAAAGAGCAAUUGACUGCUGGUAAAAAGUUGAAUUGAUUUCCGGUAAAAAGGUCAAUUGACUACUGGUAUAAAGAACAACUGACUGCAAGUAAAAAAGCCACCCAUUUCAAGUCAACGCAAGAAAUGGUUACGUAUUUAAGAUGGUUCAACCGUAAAUGGCCAAUUCUGAUUUCUAUCAUCCUGUUGCUGGGUGUGUAUUUGUUUCGCUAUAAGUUUGAGGGGAACCCCACACAGAAUCCUAAUGCGGAGAGAGCAUCAUUCGUUAAUCCAGUGCUCCAGCUAAUUCUCGAACAACCUGGGGAGACUGGCCUUCACCCUGGAGAGACUGGCCUUCACCCCGACGUCAGCAUCGUCCCGUCCACUCCACCAGACACAGAUUUUUCGCACGACAACUGCGUGCCUAUGCCGGAGUCACCUAGACCCGGAGUCAUAAUCUGCCCCCAUCCCCUGAGUGGGGACAUCGCCAUUUCCAAAUGGCUCCUGACGAAAGGAGAACUGUGGGAGAAAGACUUGAUACAUGCAAUGACGGAUGCUUUAAAGCGAGACCCGGACCUAAUGUUGCUCGACAUAGGCGCCAACAUCGGUGAGUACACACUGUGGGCCGCGGCCAUGGGCAGACAGGUGGUGAGCGUGGAGAUGCUGUUGGAGAACGUCCAGCGGAUCCAGAUGGCGCUGGCCCUCAGCAAGCUUGGAGGUCACGUGACCAUCGUCAACAACGCCCUCUACAGCGACCACCGCGUGCUGGAGAUCACUUUCUACAAGCAAAGGUUCGGCCUAACCAGCAUAAACGUUUCUCGAGUUUUUCGUCAGGAAUACGUCGACACCAACCAAACCAUCAGACGAGUAAAGACAAUCUGUAUCGAUGACUUAACUCCCCUGAUGCUGGGAAAACCCGUUUACAUCAAAAUGGACAUAGAGAAAUCGGAGCAGUUCGCGCUGGUGUGUGCGCACCGGUUCUUUAGAGAAGUGGACGUGCGCAUCGUUCAGAUGGAGUGGCAUAAGCGUCUUCCAGAGGAGAGUACGCCCAUUCUGGAAUUUAUGGAUCUCCAUGGUUACGCAUGUUCAUUUAACAGCACCGUGUACGUUCAUGUUGACCCGACUAAAAUUGGGAAAAACAUCGAUGUUUUUUUUAUGAAGAAAUCUUUUUUUAAAAUUACUAUAUAGGAGUAGGUUGAUAUUUUGAAGAGAUCUGUGUGUGUUUGCGUAAAGUUUAUGUUUUUUUUUAAUUACUAUAUAGGACUAAGUU